AUGUCUACCAGACCGCUACUGGAAGUCGACGGCCCCUCUUCAUCUUCGAAUCUCGUACCGCAGCUAUUGCAAUCUCGGCGUGGAUCCAUAGCUUCGUUGUCAAGCGUGAACCUCCUCAGCAAAGAAACCAUAUCCGAAGCUCUUGAUCAGAUCCAUAGUACCGCAAGCCAGUCCGAAACCCUUACUACUUUCAAUGAGUAUACCUCUCCACCACCAGUCUCGGCCACUUCUGCAUCAGACAAUAAAAGUAUCGCUGGGGAUAUCCAAGGGGGCAUCAGUGGUUUAUACAACAGGUUUAGGGCUUCUGUUGGUGCGAAGGAUGUUCCUAGCCCAGCAAUAGAUGAUGUUGUCUCCGAAAGAGCCUCGACGGAAGACUCUGGCGUGAGAACGCCAGCCUCAGGUGUUUCCCACAGAAGUGGAUUGCAUCCAACUAGUGCAUCAGAGGCCCACAAAAAGCAGGAGAGUCUCGAAAGAAAGACGAGUUCAGCCGCCGAUGGGAAACUAAAAUCAGACACUUUACUGGAACGUGCUGUGACACUCAAGCCCCCUUCCACGCCAUCCAAAUUAGUAGUGAAAGACUCGGCCUUUGAUCCCGCACGUAAUGGGGACAAAGAAGUCGAAGAAUCUCAGAAGCAGUCCACGCAAGCAGUCAAGCCAGAUACAGAUGAAAUAAUACGGAGAAUCAUACCUAAGCAGCUGGCAGCCGUGGUGAACGGCAAAGGCUCAUCCACUAGAAGCAGCCAUGAAGAUGUACCAGCAAAAGCUUUUGUGGGACCUCGGGAACCAAGCCAGCCAAGCCUGCAGGUCUCGCAUACUCAGGAUGACCGGGAUCAAAGUCUUGUCAAGCCAGGAGUUAUUGUCAUUAAUCAGCGCUCGGAUGAUGUGUUUGAUGUUGGCCAAGACAAUUCUCAGCACCAGGUAGGAAAGACAGAAGAAAGGGACAGGAAAUAUCAACACCUUGAGGUACCCUUACGAAAAUCUCUAGCUCCACCGGUUGUCAGUCGUUCAUCGUCUCCAAUGCCUGGGCUUUCACGUGGAUCGUCGUUGGAGACGACCACGGAGAGUCUCGGUGAUGCUCUUCAGCAAUCAUCUCCUCGCCGAAGCCUGGCAAGCUUCGGACAGGCGAGUAGAAGUGAGAGCCUGGAAACUGACUCACAGACAUACUCGAACGCACCCGCUCAAAGAGAUCAGCGCACUAUGAGCGUGUUCUCCCAAGCGAAAAGUAAGGUGUUAAGUAAAGAGUACUGGAUGAAAGACGAAAAUGCCAAGGACUGCUUUGGAUGUGGCGAUGCUUUUUCCACCUUCCGCCGGACUUGUGGCCAGAUAUUCGACGCUAAGUGCACGUCGGUCAUAUCUGGGAACCAUUUUAAUCAAGCAGGUACUCUACGUGUAUGCAAGCCUUGUGAAAGCAUAAUCAAAGGUGACGAUGACUCGUCUGAGUUCUCUGAUGAUGGCACCUUUUCUCUGGCUGGUUUUCGACCACGACAUGGUUCCACAGGGGCCGGCGAAACGCUUGGAUCGCCCAUGCCUACAUCUUACCCUUCUGCUACCGAAAAUCCUCAUUAUUCAGCUAGCAAUCCAGAUCUCAGCGUCCCGAUCAUGUCAAUCCCAGCUACCAGGAAAGCAGGCGAAAAAGCUGGUCGCAAGCCAGCAGUAGUAGAAAUCGGGACUGAACGUGGCUUAGCUCGACCUUCCUCAUCUAGAUCGUUGAAGUCUAGUUUUGGCAGUAGGUCCACUCACCGACGUUAUAAUUCCCGCAACCAGUUCACCCGUGUCUUCAAACCCACCAAAGAAGAUGAUGCACCAUUUCAUCACGAUAUUACGAAUAACGGGAGCUCGAAACGCCUAGCAACGUUUCACGAUGACAACAUUAUUGACCCAGAUCUUGCACCUUAUCUGUCUGACGAACAGUCCAGUGGGGAUGAGCAGGUGAGUAUUAUGACUGCUCUGAACGCCAGUGACAUGUCUGUUGCUGGCGAUGAUAGGCAUGGAUGGGAGACAGCUGCUGCUUCUAGAAAAGGACGACUAAAAUUCGGAGAGAAAAGCUCCAGCAGUGUCACCUUUGCCAGCCGCGACGCCGACACGCAUAGUCUAAGCGGUGCGAAGUCUUUGAGACCUUCGAAGCGACGCACCUUCAGUACGUCUAGUGCAAGCCAUUUACGACCCUCGCCUAAGAGCUAUCGAGCAAGCGCAAUGGUUUUCAGCUCAAGUGCAAGUCUCCGCGAGAGUGCUCUUAACGCUGCUGCAGAGCAAGCUGCUCCGUCCCCUACCCCGACCAGUGGUCGCAUGGUCCGAAGCUCUUCUCUCAGAGGUGCAUCUGCGCCAGCUAUUGAGUUGAACGACGCAAGCCUUCAACAUGUGCGAAAGCUGCUCUAUCAACUAUUGACCGAUAAUAGAUUGUCAGAAGUUGCUCGAUGGGAAAAAGCGCUCUUGCCAAUUUUGUUGAGAGCUACCGAUGAUGUGAAUCCUGAUGUCCAGAAUGGUGAUGAUAUGGAUGUCAGACACUAUGUAAAGCUGAAAAAGAUACCUGGGGGGCGGCCUUGUGAUACAGCAUAUGUUUCUGGGCUUGUAUUCACCAAGAACCUUGCGUUGAAAACAAUGCCUCGGCACAUAUCUCAUCCGAACAUUUUGAUAUUAACAUUUCCUCUGGAGUACGCUCGACAUCAGCAGCAUUUCAUGAGUCUUGAGCCUGUCAUCCGCCAAGAACGAGAAUUUCUGCAGAACAUUGUAAAUCGUAUCGCCGCCCUAAGACCUCAAUUACUGCUUGUAGAGCGACACGUCUCGGGGCUCGCAUUACAGUUCCUUGAACAAGCCAAUAUUGCCACAGCCUACAACGUCAAACCAUCUGUACUAGAAGCUGUGUCGCGAUGUUGUCAAACGCGAAUUAUAUCUUCGAUGGACAAGCUUGCUAUCAAACCCGCUCAAGUAGGGAAAUGUGCCAGUUUCUAUCUAAAGACAUAUCUCCACCAAGGACGCAAGAAGACUUAUACUUUUCUAUCAGGCUGCUCAAGAGAGCUUGGCUGCACCAUUGUGCUCCGAGGUGCCAGUACUUCUGCGUUGAGGAAGAUUAAGAGCAUCACCGAAUUCAUGAUAUACGUUGUGUAUAAUCUUAAAUUAGAGACGUCCUUGAUGAAAGAUGAGUACGCUCUCAUCCCUUCCGAUAUUGACAUUGGAUCCCUAUCAUCAAGCCGUAAUCAUGCUGCUUCAUUAGAGAGCAAGAAUGCAAGCGAACAAGAGGCCAUGGAAAAUUCUCAAAGCUCUGAACAGAGCAAACUCAUGAAUGGACACGAUCUGAACUGCGCAGAUUCUGAACACCCAAGGCGUACAGCCGACACAGAACAGCCAAACAUUACUCCAAGUUUGCCUGAUGAAGAUUCAGUACCAGAUGAUAUCCCAAUGCCAACAUUCUACACAGAUAUGGUUGAGAAGCACCAGACAAAGAUCUUAUCGGCGUCUCCCUUUGUGAAAUUUAUGCAACCCUACCUACUCAUGCGCGCUCGAGAACAAGAGCGCCGUUUAGCAUACCUCCGGCGUUUACGUGAUCAAGACAUACAGAAACUGCAGAUCCAUGACGACAAGGCCCGGCCAGAGAAGUUUGAUCUGAUUAAGCCGGAGAUGGUUCACAAGCGUGUUCCCGAUGCCUCCAAGAAAGUUCGAGAGGUUCUUUACGCAGUUCACGACGCGGAAUACGACAAGGCGCUUCAUAUUUAUCAGACACAAUGCAAGCAGUGGGAGACUUAUCUUGCCGGUAGCAUUGAUUUAUUUGAUCCCUAUGCUCACCAAAACAUUGCAGUGCUAUACAGUGUCGUUUGCACAGCAACGACUAUUCCAUGUUCAGGCCCAGAUAUGGUGGCUUUGGGUUACUACAAUGAACACGAGACAGAUGCUGACUUCGAAGCCGAUUGCACUCUUGGUCAAUACGUUGAAGACCUAUGUCUAGGGGGGAACACUCCAUGCUCUUCGAAUGGAUGCGAAAAGCAGAUGAUUGAGCAUCAUCGACAAUAUGUUCACGGAGAGGCCCAAUUGAGCGUUUUUGUUGAGCAUCAAGCGGCCAAAGUCCAGGGGCUUUCCCAUACCAUACUCAUGUGGAGUACGUGCCGCAAAUGCGCCAAGGAAACCCAAGUCAUGCAUAUGUCUGAGAGCAGCUGGAAAUACUCGUUUGGCAAGUACCUGGAGCUCAGCUUUUGGAGCACCGAAUUGCGUGCACAAGAUGACAUUUGUCCUCAUGAUCUUCAUCGUGAUCACCUUCGGUACUUUGGUUUCAAGGAUAUGGCCGUCAGAAUUCAGUACGAUCCGAUCACCCUUCUUGAAAUAAUCGUACCUCGUGCCCGAAUCACUUGGAAAGUGGACAAUGAUCUUCAAUUCAAGAAUGACGUUUACACACGAAUCGAGGAGCGUUUCAACAAGUUUAUGGUGUCCGUGAAGUCGCGAAUCAGAAGUAUUAGUGCUGAAACGGUGGUUCCAGAAAAAGCUGAAAACUGUAGAAGGGAAGUUGAGCGCCUUGCCAAGAAGGCGAACGAUGACCACCUCUUCCUCAUCACAAAGUUGAGAGAGAAGUAUAUGAGCUCCAAACAUUACGAGAUCAUUCCCUUGAAUCGAGCAACCCGAGCAUUGCAAGAAAAAGUCGCCGAGUGGGAUAAUGUUUUCUCGGAGUUUGAUCGAAGUUUUUUUCCGUCUGAAAAGGAUAUACGUCGGCUUGCCACUCUUCAAUUGAGAAAAAUAUUUUUAGAUCGAGAGAACUCCUCCACGUCCCUCACUUCCGAGGGCUCUGCAUCCCCAGCAGAGGCAUUAGAUGAAAAGCGAACAGCUGAUGAUGUACCGACGCUAGCUUCUCAAACCAGACGCAUGUCACCAGACAAGACUCGUGACAUGCUCGCGUCAGUCGUUGAAAAUGAUUCAAUUGCAGAUCUUCCGCUAGAUGAACAAAAUAGAAAAAGCGAUCCGCCAAUGCUGUCAGUCCCUUCUGGCGCUGGACACAGUAUACAGGUCGCGGAAAGCCCCAGCGUAAGGCACCUAGACCUAGCAAUACCAGCAGACGUAAUGGAUCAGUCUCAAACAAUUGAGGCGAUGUCGUUGUCUCGAUCUUCAAGUUCGCCCCAAAGUCCGAAACUUGAGAAAAGCACCCCACCCAAUCCCCAUACGGUCAAAGCAAUCGAAAACCCUCCAGAGCACGCGCGUUCCAAGCAUGAGAUGCAGAAUGACGCUACACGCACGACCGGCCCGUCUAGUAUUCCCCGACCUUCUAUCGCUGGGAGUGUAAUCACAACAAGCGGUCAUACUCCGCCGCCUAUCAACCGAGCGUAUUCGCAACCUGCAAUUCAUAGAAAUGCUGACCUUUCUGGUCAAUCAAUCCGGCAAGACGUUCUUGACAGAUCCAGGAAGAGCAAGCGAUCUAGUGGACUAAGCGAAGAGACUUUUCCGCCAUCUAACAAUCAACAUGGACCUACCAGUGAAAAAGUCGUAGUGGAUCGGCGCGGAGAGAGUUCAGUGAAGGCGAAAGGCAUGGCUCCGCCUUCAAUGAUACCUCGCUCCAUCGCCGGCAGAAGGCGCGAGACUCGAGUGUCCCAUCUUGCGAUGCAUUUCGAACAGCUGAGCCGGGAAUUUGAGAAAGAACGCCUCAAAGAGAAACGCCAGCGUGCUGCGCUCAACCGCCGUUCGCGUGCUCACCCGAUGCGUGUUUCUAAGCCUAUUGUGCAGGUAUAUAGAAAUGUAAAUGAAGCCGUAGAGGAGAAAGAACCAUCUGAUGAGGACCUCCUAAGCUCUGACCCGUCAAUUGGGGCCACUGACAAAGAUGCUAGUCAGGAGGUAAUUAAAGAGCAUGGACCUCCGACCACGCUAGAAGCUCAUUCUGAAUAUGAGACAACGGCGGAAAAUACUGAGAUUGAGGAUACGGGGACGAGUGACAGUCGUGUGGUCUCUGAUGUAGAAGGCGAGGGUGUUCGCAGCGAUGACGAGCAGUAUCUCUUCAAUGCAACGGACAUGCCUGACCCGCCAGACCAGAGUAUACCAUUGACACCAGAAGAAGCCCAAUUGCAACUCAAGCUGGAAUUACCAAAACACGAGAAAACCUCGCUGAUGAAGAUGCUCACAAAUUUUUGGGCAGAGCGCUCGGCGAGCGGUUGGCAGCCUCUUGAAUAUCCGCUGAUGGCGACUGCCCACAUCUUCGCAGAUUCGGAUAUCAUCGUGCGCGAGGACGAGCCAAGUUCCUUGAUAGCCUUCGCUCUCGGCUCGCAAGACUAUUACGCCAAGCUGCGUAGUAUCAUUGAGAGUAGUCCACCCUCAGCAGAGAAGAUCGACGAAUCGCGGAAUCAGGACCCUAUUUUGAGCCCUGCAGAUCAAGUGCAAGUCGAAGAGGCGUUGCUGCGACCGACAGGCACACAUCUGAAAUACCAGUUCUCGGAAGGUUCGGCGAAGAUGCUCUGCAAAAUCUUUUUUGCCGAACAAUUCGACGCGGUUCGGCGCAAAUGCGGUGUCUCUUCUAGAAUUGUCGAGUCUCUUGCUCGUUGUGGCAAGUGGGACAGCAAAGGUGGAAAAUCCAAAUCCGUCUUUCUGAAAACCUUGGACGACCGAUUCGUGCUGAAAUCGCUCUCGCCGAUUGAGACGCAAGCAUUCCUCCGUUUCGCACCAGCCUACUUCCGUAUCAUGUCCGAAUCGCUAUUUCACGAGCUUCCCUCCGUCAUAGCCAAAAUGCUAGGCUUUUACCAAAUCAUCAUCAAGAACCCCACUACCGGCGUAGAGUUCAAUUGGUUUCUCCUGGUCAUGGAGAAUCUCUUCUACGACCGCUCACCUACGCGGAUCUUCGAUCUUAAAGGCUCUAUGCGCAAUCGACGCAUUCAGUCCACGGGCGAGCAGAACGAGGUUCUCCUUGAUGAAAACAUGGUCGAAUUCAUUUACGAGUCUCCCCUUUUUGCACGCGAACAUAGCAAGAAGCUCCUACGCGCCAGCGUAUGGAACGACACCUUGUUCCUCAGCCGGCAGAAUGUAAUGGACUACUCUCUCAUGAUUGCCAUUGACGACAAUAAAAAGGAAUUAGUGGUGGGUAUAAUCGAUUGUAUCAGAACUUAUACGUGGGAUAAGAGACUAGAGAGCUGGAUCAAGGAUCGAGGCAAGAAUCGACCCACUGUGACGAGUCCGAAGGAGUACAAAAGCAGGUUCAGAGAGGCAAUGGGUCGUUAUGUAUUGCAAGCGCCCAAUUGCUGGCACCAAUUCAAAGCUCAGCAUAUUGAAGCGAGGCCGUUGCUGCAGUCGAAUGAUGACCCGGGUGACGAUAAGGAGGCACAAGUCCUUGGUUUGGCUUAG